AUGAGGCUUGGAUUCCUCAAAUGUACAACUAAGCAUGGUGUUUAUAUAAAGGGCAGCAAUAGUACUAUCUUGACUGUAGUGUGCUUGUAUGUAGAUGACUUGCUUGUGACAGGAAAUAAUGAGACUGAGAUUGCCAACUUUAAAGGAGAGAUGAUGAGAGAAUUCGAAAUGACUAAUUUGGACCUUAUUUAUUAUUUUCUUGGAAUUGAAUUCAAGAGAACUGAUGAGGGAGUGAUCAUGCAUCAAGGGAGGUAUGCAAGAGAUGUACUGAAGAAGUUCAGAAUGGUUGACUGCAAUUCUGUAGACACACCCACUGCCACUGGUGUGAACUUGGUGAAAGAUCCUAAUGAAGAAGAAGUAGAUGUAACUUUGUAUAGAAAAAUGGUGGGCUCACUGAGGUGUCUUUGUUGUACCAUACCUGACUUAUUGUAUGCUGUUGGCUUAAUUAGUAGAUAUAUGGAGAAUCCUAAACUUUCUCACUUCCGUGCUACCAAGAGAAUAAUGAGGUAUGUGAAAGGUACUCUCGAUUAUGGUAUUCUGUUUCCCAGUGCUGCCAAAAAAUGUAAUGUUCUGGGAUAUAGUGAUUCUGAUUGGUGUGGAGAUAAGAGUGAUAGGAAGAGCACAACAGGUUAUGUGUUCUUCUAUGGUGAUGCCCCAAUCUCGUGGAGCUCAAAGAAGGAACAAGUGGUGGCUCUCUCCUCAUGUGAGGCAGAAUACAUUGCAGCUGCUAUGACAGCGUGUCAAGCUCAAUGGCUUGAUAAUAUUUUUGGUGAACUGAAGAUGAAGGAAAAGGGUACUAUUACACUGAUGGUGGACAACAAAUCUGCCAUCAAUUUAGCUAAACAACCAGUUGCUCAUGGGAGGAGCAAACACAUUGAAACACGAUUUCAUUUCCUUAGAGAGCAAGUGACAAAAGGCAAGCUAAGCGUGAAGUAUUGUCCAACUAUUGUGGACAACAAAUCUGCCAUCAAUUUAGCUAAACACCCAGUUGCUUAUGGGAGGAGCAAACACAUUGAAACACGAUUUCAUUUCCUUAGAGAGCAAGUGACAAAAGGUAAGCUAAGCGUGAAGUAUUGUCCAACUAUUGUGCAAGUAGCAGACAUAUUCACCAAACCAUUGAAGAUUUAUCAGUUCAAAGAGUUAAGGAGCAGAUUAGGAGUGAUUGAAGUGCAGUGA